AUGAGCAGCGCGUGGGGAACCGAGCUGUGGGAUCAGUUUGAUAAUCUGGAAAAACACACAAGCUGGGGAAUCGACUUUCUGGAGAAAUACACCAAGUUUGUUAAAGAGAGAGCUGAGAUCGAGCUAAGCUACGCUAAACAAAUCAGGAGUCUGUCCAAGAAGUAUCACCCUAAGAGAAGCAGAGCAGAUGAGAGCAGGUACACCUGGUGUUUGGCGUUCGCUGCGACUCUCCAUCAGCUGAGUGAAGUCGCAGUUCAGAGAGAGGAACUUGCUGAAAACCUGAACUCACAGAUCGUCUGUGAUUUGACUCGAUUCACUCACGAGCUGAAGACUGAGAGGAAAACACAUUUCCAAGAUGGCCGCCGUGCCCAGCAGCACAUUGAGAGCUCGUGGAAACAGUUGGAGUCUAGUAAACGUCGGUUUGAGCGUGACUGUAAAGAAGCUGAACGAGCUCAACAGGUCUCCGACAGAAUCGACCUGGACAACAAGACGGACGGAGAAAAGCGUUGUUCCCUAAAGGCUCGUCACACGGCUCAACAGAAACAACAAGCAGCUGAAGAGUCCAGGAAAGACUACGUGACCAGUUUAAACCAGUUUAACCAGGACCAGCACCAGCACUACCACACACUGGUACCAGUCAUAUACCAGCGUGUCCAGGACAUGGAGGAGCGACGGAUCGAGAGAAUCUGUGAAUCCAUGCGUUCGUCAGCAGAAGCUGAAAGAAAAGUUCUUCCUGUGGUCAGUGGCUGUUUGGACGCCAUGAUGGACGCCGCUGAGAGCAUCCAGCCCAGGAUGGACACCCGUCAAGUGGUGGAAGUGUACAAAUCGGGUUUUGACCCUCCAGGUGAUGUAGAGUUUGAGGAUUAUAGCGCCACCAUGAGGAGGAGCAUCUCUGAAUCCAGUUACCUUGACAACCGGACUGAGGGCCGGAGACAUGGCAGGAGGUUGUGGCCCUUCUUACGAAAAAACAAAUUGUUGACCCUGCUCUCCUCCCCCCGGCAGCCCCCCCCUCCACCCCCAACCUCACCUUCACCUGGGGACGUGGUUAACUGUCCACAGUCUCCACCCCCUGCCUCAAGAGACCCAAUCACACAGCGACUGAAUGACCUCAUGACCUCUGGUUCCAGAACCAGGAAGCAGUGUCUGCGCAGCCUGAAGAGAGGGCUGUCUCUCAAACUGGGCUCAAGUCCUGCAGACUGUAGUCACCUUUCUCCUGAACAAAGAAGGAAAAAACUUCAGACCAAAAUCAACAACAUAAACGAAGAGAUUCAGGGGGAGAGAGAGCAGAGGACGGCUCUGAUGAAGAUGAAAAGUGUGUAUGAACACACUCCUCAGGGUGACUCGAGCAGUUUAGAUUCUCGACUUGAGGAAGUGAAACAGAAUCUUCAAAGACUUGACGACGAGCUGCGGAGGAACCAGGCGUGGUUGUCAGAGGUGGACGGCAGCCUGUCUGAUCAGAGCAGUAGAAGACAGAGUGGAGGUUGUGGGUUAAAUUCCCAGGCGACAACGCCAGGCAGCAGCAGCUUGAAAAAGCUGGGCAACCGCAGUCCAGCCAGCAGAGAGAGUCCUGACGGCAGUUACACUGAGGACCACAGUGCUGAGCUUCACUUUAAGUCUCGUAGUUCAGAGUUUGAUGAAGACUUCGAUGAUGAAGAACCGUUACCCAGCAUUGCCACUUGCAGGUCUCUGUACCCGUUUCAAGGUCAGAACGAAGGCACUCUUUCAAUGGUGGAGGGAGAACUACUCUCUGUGGUGGAGGAAGACAAAGGAGAUGGCUGGACCAGAGUACGGAGGAAUCUGGAGGAGGAGGGAUAUGUCCCUACCUCUUACAUCAAAGUCUUCCUGGACACCAGCGCCAAAGGCUUUGUGCAGAGUAGUCGUCUAGUCUAG